GCUUUAUCAAAUUGUGAACGUCUGAAUGUCCUCGCAAAGAAUGAGCCUCCUUUCAAACGAAAACAAAUCGAGUUGGCUGUCAGUCAAAUACGGUCGGAAUGUCAGUACCUUCGCAAUAAUCUCCAACUGAUUCAAAGGAAACGAACAUCCAUUGAACAGGAGUUGCAUUUUAGAGCGAAUCUUUUUGCCCCUCCAGUCGGUUCGCCGGGAUCUGGGGCAACAGUUGUACAUAUUGACAAUGAAAUUAAUGAACAUACGCGUCUCCAAGCUGUUGGUCGGCAGCUCGAUGAAAUGUUACUUGGUGGCUCUGCCAGCCUUGAAGCUCUCAAGUAUCAAGGGAACACUCUAAAAAAUUCUCACCGACGUUUAAUGGAUCUUGCCAGCACAUUGGGACUCUCGAACACUGUAAUGCGGUUAAUUCAGCGACGGAGUUACCAAGACAAAGUUUUGUUUUACGCUCUCGCUGUUGGAACUUUAAUUAGCAUGCUCCUAAUAUGGCAUUUUGUCCGAAGAUGGUAA